GGAUUUUGGUGGAAACGUGGAUCCUUUAACAAAAUCGAUCUACUUAAAGUGCGGCCAAUUAAGUUUGUUGAGGUUAGUGAUCAAAUCAUCUUUAAUUACUACUUAAUUAACGUGUGGCACAGUUGUAUUAUAUAUGUAGAUAUGUGAAUCCACCUAAUUCAAGAAUUCCUCACACAAUAUAAAAAUCACACCAAAUAUAUCUAUUCACAACGGUCGGUUGCACACAGAUGAACCGCCUCCUCUUCCUAGUCUUAGCUACCUUCAUCUCCCAUUCUUGCCAAAUUGAUCUCUAUCUCCACAACAUUCAAAUUCAAAAACCCUAAAAAUUUGAAAUCACACAAAUAAUCGAUAGUUAAGCCUAGUUAAGAAUGAGGUGUGUUGUUUCCGAGCUGGAGGGCAGCCUUUUGAAGGACCCUAAUGUCUUCUCGUAUUUCAUGCUGGUCGCAUUCGAGGCUUCCGGGCUUAUUCGUUUCACGCUGCUUCUGAUGCUGUGGCCCCUCGUCCGCCUCCUCGAGGCACGUGGGAGGGGCGACGUGGGGCUCAAGCUCACCGUGUUCGUGGCCACAGCCGGGGUUCGUUUCAGGGAGAUUGAGGCCGUGACGAGAGCCGUUUUACCCAAGUUCUUCUUUGAUGAUUUGAACAUGGAAGCGUGGAGGGUUUUCAGCGGCGGGGAUAGGCGAGUUGUGGUGAGCAAGAUGCCCACUGUUAUGGUGGAGAUGUUUGUCAAGGAUCAUCUGAGGGCCGACGAGGUCGUCGGAACCCGGCUCUCCGUCAACCGGUUCGGCUUCGCCACCGGUUUUUUGGAGAGUGAUUUUGGUUCGAUUACUAAGGAUGUGGGCGAGUUGUUUAGGGAUGAUCGGCCUAGUGUGGGAGUUGGCAGGCCUAGUUGUGGUUGUGGUCCGUAUUUUUUACCUAUAUGUCAGGAACAAUGGCAUCCGUGGUUUGCAAAUGUGAAACCGUCUCACAAUGAAAAACAAUUCAUCCGCCCACUCCCGGUGAUCUUCCACGACGGCCGCCUGGCGAAGCGUCCGACACCGGCGGCUGCGUUUCUAAUCCUUCUAUGGAUCCCUCUAGGGGCCCUCCUAGCGGCCAUCCGGAUCUCAGUCGGCCUAAUGCUACCCAUGCGGGCCAUACCGAGCGUGGCCCCCGUCUUCGGCGGCCGGGUGGUGGUCAGAGGCACCCCUCCUCCGCCGGCCUCCGCCGCCAACUCCGGCGUCCUAUUUGUCUGUACGCAUCGAACCCUAAUGGACCCAGUGGUCCUCUCGGCCGUGCUCCGGCGGCGGAUCCCGGCGGUGACCUACUCCAUAUCCCGGCUGUCGGAGAUUCUCUCCCCGAUCCCCACGGUCCGCCUCACCCGAAUCCGUGACGUGGAUGCCGCCAACAUCAAGCACGAGCUCGAGAAGGGCGACCUCGUGGUGUGCCCCGAGGGGACAACGUGCCGGGAGCCGUUCCUGCUCCGGUUCAGCGCGCUCUUCGCCGAGCUGACCGACCGGAUUGUGCCGGUGGCGAUGAACUACAGGGUGGGGUUCUUCCACGCCACGACAGCGCGCGGGUGGAAGGCGAUGGACCCCAUCUUCUUCUUCAUGAACCCGCGGCCUGUGUACGAGGUCACGUUCCUCAACCAGCUGCCGGCGGAGGCCACGUGCUCCGCCGGCAUGAGCCCGCACGACGUGGCCAAUUACGUGCAGAGGAUCCUGGCCGCCACGCUGGGGUUCGAGUGCACCAACUUCACGCGGAGGGAUAAGUAUCGCGUGCUCGCUGGGAACGACGGCACGGUCGCCCAGGCGACUAAUCCGGUGAAGGAAGUGCUCUGCGUGUUGAAGAAAGUGGUCGGGAGUUUCAUAUUCACUAGUUUAUGAGUAAUUUGUUUACUUUAUUUAUAUUCUUAUUAUUUUGUGUGUCUAUAUUUAGCUGAUGUGUUUUUUUAAUUGGGAAUUUAUGGGGCUACGGUUUUUAUUUAAUAAUGUAGAUUUCGAAUUAAAAUAUACAAAAACUUUUAGCAAA